UUGGUAUAUGUUUGAACCCUCCUCUUAUAAGAUUGGAAGAUCUUUUGACCUGUAUGGUAGAUUUGGAAUUGGUAAUGGAUUAUAAUGAAUUGUUUAUAAAGGAGAUUAUAAGAAAAGAUUAAAAAUUUGCCGCUGAAAUACAUUAUAUAAAGAUAGCUAAUUUCAAUUUUAAUAAAUGUAUAUAGAUUAUUAAAUAUUAAAUAGUAGUUUAUAUAUUGAUAAAUAGGGAUCAAGAAAGACUGGAUGAUGGAUAGAGUUGAGUGAUAAUUUUGG